GGCACUGACUACUGCAACCAUCGAUCUUAACAAAAUGAUUGUUUAUAUUUGUCCGGAAUAGUGACUAUUUAAUUAAUUCUGCGUAAUAUUUUCAGAAGAUACCAUUUUGCCGAUUAUUUUGCACGUUCAGUCAAUUUAGGCAAUUCAAUUUGUAUACAUGACUGAAGAAAAUUUACAAAAAAUGAUUGACAAAGAGAUAGCAAAGCCUCUUUACUACCAGCAGCUUGAAAGGAGUUUAGAUAUGCAACCCUUUUUGUCAUAUGUUGAAGAGGUGUUCAAGCAGCCCUUCAGGAAUGAUGAGGGCUCCAGUGACUAUGAUGCCAAUACUGAUACAAACUUUUCAUACAGCCAAUGGGAACGGAUGAAUAGUACUAAACAGGAUCGGAGAUCAGAUAAAAUGAGACUAUACAACUUUUCCCACAUUCAGCGAGACAGACUAUGGCUACAAAACAUCUUGGUCAGCGAUUCAUCUGAUUCUUCCGAAGACGAAGAUGAUAAACCUAUUACAGAAAAAGAUCUACAAGAAAUGUUGAAACUUCAUCUGUAUAAAAAGAAGUAUAAGAAGAAAUUCUACACAAAUCCAGACAACCGGCAAUAUCAGUAUUAUGGUGCUGGGUUGCUAUCAACUUACGACAAAUUCUCAGAACAUCAGACAAAUGUUGUGGGAAACAAGAAGAAGAAAAAAAGUUUUGUCAUAAAAAAAGAGCGGAUCAAGAAAGAGGAAAAGGAAACAUUUAACUAUCAUGACGAACAGGAUCGUGACUCUAUUUUUGAAGACGGUGGGUCAGAUGGCAGAUUUAACAAGACUCAAGGCCUUGGGGGUAAGAUGCUGAAAAAUAGGAAAAAGGCACAGCAACUGAAAAACCCAGAAGUCAUGGCGCACAGGAGAAGAAAGAUUUGGGCGAUAAUGGCAAAGAAGGAGCUGGGGAAAGUUCAGAGAGCCAAAAUCAACAACCACAAAGAAGUGUUAACCGGCUGCAGAAGAGUGGCUCAAUACUGCAUGAGAUACUGGAGACAGAAGGCCAUGCAGAGCCAGAAAAAUAUGAAGGAGACAAUAUGGAGAGCGAAGCGUUUGUCCCGAGAGAUGCAGAGCCAUUGGCGCCGCUACGACAGAGUGGAGCGAGAAACGAGGCGGAGGAUGGAGAAAGAAGCUGAGGAACAGCGCAAAAUGGACGUCGAACUCAUGGAGGCCAAGAGGCAGCAGCGGAAGCUGAACUUCCUGAUCACUCAGACAGAGCUGUACGCUCACUUCAUGUCUCGCAAGCUGGGCAACGCCUCACACGAGGAACAGCUGAGGAUUCUCAGUCAGCUGGAGGAGGAGAAGAACCCAAGACUAGCAGCCAUCGACGACUACGACAGUGAGUCUAUGAAAGAAAAGGUUAAGCUGAAUGUGAAGAGUGCUUUUGAGGCAGAGGAGCAGCGAUCUCGACAGUUUGGAUCUAUUCUGAAUGAGCCUGUGGUAGUGGAGGAAGAAAGGCCACAGCCGGCCAUCUUCAAGGGGACACUGAAGGGCUACCAACUGAAGGGCAUGAACUGGCUGGCCAACCUGUAUGAUCAAGGUAUAAACGGAAUUUUGGCUGAUGAAAUGGGUCUUGGAAAGACUGUGCAGUCAAUUGCAUUCCUGUGUCACAUAGCAGAAAAAUACUCGGUUUGGGGACCAUUUCUGAUCAUUUCUCCAGCAUCUACAUUACACAACUGGCAACAGGAAAUGGCUCGAUUUGUUCCAGACUUCAAAGUCGUCCCUUACUGGGGCAGUCCUCAGGAGAGAAAAAUCUUGCGGCAGUUUUGGGACCAAAAGGAUCUGCACACGCAAGAGGCCAGUUUCCACGUGGUGAUUACCAGCUAUCAGCUGGUCAUAACAGACUUCAAGUACUUCAACCGCAUCAAGUGGCAAUACCUGAUCUUGGACGAGGCUCAGGCCAUCAAGAGCACUAGCAGUGUGAGAUGGAAGUUGUUGCUGGGAUUCAGUUGUCGUAACCGUCUGUUGCUGAGUGGGACUCCCAUACAGAACAGCAUGGCUGAGCUGUGGGCUCUGCUGCACUUCAUCAUGCCUACAAUGUUCGACUCUCACGAUGAGUUCAACGAGUGGUUCUCAAAAGACAUUGAGAGCCAUGCAGAAAACAAGACCAGUAUUGAUGAAAGACAUUUGUCUCGCCUGCAUUUGAUCCUGAAGCCCUUCAUGUUGCGCAGAAUCAAGAAGGACGUUGAAAACGAGCUCUCGGACAAAAUAGAGAUUAUGGUCUGCUGUCCCCUGACUACUCGGCAGAAGGUGCUCUACUCUGCUUUGAAGAAGAAGAUAAGAAUAGAAGAUCUGCUUCACUCGUCUGGCCCAUACCAAUCUUCACAGAGCAUCACAUCCAGUCUCAUGAACUUGGUCAUGCAGUUCCGAAAGGUUUGCAACCACCCCGAGCUGUUUGAGAGGCAAGAAGCCAAGUCUCCACUGUGGACGCAAUGUGGGGAGAGUCUCUACGUUACACCUAGACUGGUGUUUGAGGAGGCAAUGUUACACAGAGCUCUGCCCAGCACAGACCAUCUACUGUACAACUUGCUCAGUAUACUACACCAGCAGUAUGUGCACCAGUCGCUGUUCUCAGAAAAUGAGAUUGAUUGCUCUGACUUCUUUGGAUUCUCUCGUCUUAUUGGACUUUCACCAGAAGAUGUGUUCCAGUUGACAAUUGGUGGUCUUUUAAAUAGAUGGUUGAGUCUGGCGGAGGAGGUAGAGCGACGACCACUGCUCCGCCACAGACAGGUGUGGUGGGAGAGGACCAGCGGAGUCAGUGUGUUGGUGGCGCCACGGAGCACCACUGUGCCCUCGGAGCUGGUGUUCACAAAUGCUCAAGGCCACCUGUGUGUGUUCGCCCACAACACCGUCACACUGCACAGCACGCCCGAGACUGUGGAACAUAGAGUGAUGAGAUGCAGGAAGCUGGCACCUCAGGUAGAGACAGGUGCCUCCACUUCCAAUGACAGGGUGUACCCAGAGUUCCCUCAUGUAGAGAGACCUCCCCUAGUGUUGGAGUGUCAUCCUACACUGCUGCCGAGGUUCCUGUACGACACCCACCCCAAGGUGGAGGCUAAGACAUGGCAGCUAUACAGCAGCAGCCGACGUGCCGCCUGGUGGCUCCUUGCUCAUCAGCAGUGCAGCACCAGGCAGGGCCUGGAGUGUGUGUGGUACGGCAGUCCACGACUGGCGCAACAUUACCUCACAGCACCACUGUGCUUCCAACCUCCACAACUGGGCGGACUGGCAGCCGUCACACCUCUAACUGGCUGGUCUCACAUAUCCAUACCAGACAAGGAGACACUAGUCACAGACUGUGGCAAGCUGUUUGUGUUGGACACAUUGUUGGAACGGCUCAAGCAGCAAGGUCACAGAGUCCUCAUCUACUCACAGAUGACACGUAUGAUAGAUUUGUUGGAGGAAUACAUGUGGCAUCGCAAACUAACAUACAUGAGGCUUGAUGGCUCUUCCAAGAUAUCUGAUAGAAGGGACAUGGUCGCUGAUUUCCAGGCUAGAACAGACAUCUUUGUGUUUCUCUUGAGUACAAGAGCUGGAGGUCUCGGCAUCAACUUGACAGCAGCUGACACGGUGAUAUUCUACGACAGUGACUGGAACCCCACAGUGGACCAACAGGCCAUGGACAGAGCUCACAGACUGGGCCAGACCAAACAAGUGACAGUCUACAGACUCAUCUGUAAGGGAACUAUAGAGGAGAGGAUACUGCAGAGGGCCAGAGAAAAGAGUGAGAUUCAGCGUAUGGUGAUCAGUGGUGGAAACUUUAAAUCUGACACUUUGAAACCCAAAGAGGUUGUGUCCCUACUACUGGACGACGAAGAAAUCGAGAAAAAGUAUCGCCAGAAGCAAGCAGAAAGGAGGAAGGCAGAAGAGUACAAAGCUGAAAAGGAAAAGGAGAAGGAAAGAAAACGGAAGCAGACAUUUGGACCUUUUAAGGAGCCAGUGAAACAUAUCAAGCUGGAAGAAGGUUUUGAAGAAGGGUUCGAUUCAACUCCAGCCAGUCCAGCACAGAGUGAGGCCAGCGGUUUCUUGGAUGACACUAGCAGUGAUGCUCUAGUGGUGGACGUUGAUGGACCUUCCAAUGACGUCUUACCACCAGUGAGGAGUCAUGGGUCCAAGAGAGGGAGGCCGAGGGGUUCCAGACGAGGAGGAUUGACUAGAGGAGCCAUCCAGGCCAGCUCCAUCAGUCUGGGGGUGCAAGGCAUCAAAAGAGGGCCAGGGAGACCUAGACUACGACCCUCGGGGCCGGGACACGUUGGAGGGCGAGGGUCGCCACGGCAACGUGGGCGAGGUCUGGGGACGACUACCACCACCACUGCGGCGCCAACAUUCGGAUACUACAUGCAGGACCUGGAGAUAAUGCCACUAGACAGAGACACUAGUUGAGAUUUGGAGUAAACCAUCAUCAUCCACUGAGAACCAACUUUGUAUAACCAUUGUGCUUGAUUCAAAGGGCUUUGUUUCACCAUUGCCCUUGGUUCAACAACCUUUGUACAUUACUAUAAUCUACAAGUACUUUUAUAUAUACUUUUUUGACGGUUUUUGUCCUAUCAUUUAAACAAACAUUAGUGUUUAAGUAUUGUGACUUCUUUUGUAAAAUGAUCAUUGUAAAUAUGUAAUAAAGAGGUUAGAUUAUGUUGUAUGCCUGUGUAAUUUUUUUUACAGUUAAUGUUGGUGGAAAAGAAAGUUGUAUAGCUGUGUUGUAUGUAAUUUUGGAUUCUUGUACAUGUUGGAAUAUAAUUAAUUUAUUGGAAUUUUAUUAUUUUGAAGACUAAUUUUACUUAUCUUUGUUGUAUACUAUAGAUACAGCUAUCAUCUUUUUUGUAAGUUGCUAUCCGCUGAAGUUUUUUUUGUCUUAACUAAUUAUUUUUUAAGAUCAAGAUCACUUUUACAUUUUACAUGUCUUUUUCUUAUUUACUAAGCUUUAAAAGUACAUUUCAAAUUUACAAUUUUUUUAGAGUUCAGAUAAAAAAAUAGAUUAAGAUUGAUUUUAAAUAGUGUAUAGUUGCCAAUAAUGUGCUGUGCAUAAAUAAAUUUACUAUUAUUGUAGUCAUAGAUGGUAUGUUUUUUUAUUACUGUUAAUAUUAUGAUACCGUUUUUAAUAAUCGUUUUUAAGCUUGUGAAAUCUUAAAAAAAGUUAAAAGUUAAAAAAGUAAGAUAAUAUGAAAAAUUAUAUUAUAUAACUUAUUAAAAAAUAAUUCAAGGGAAAAACUAGUUUUUGAGCCUUUAAUAUUAUGAAUCAUUAAAAACAUAACACUAGUUAUCUUACCAUACUAAUGUUGUAUGCUCUGUAGUCUCAUUUUUUGUAGUUUCAUGUUGAACACUUGUUUAUAAAAUAUUCAUAUCUGAUAAGCGAAUUUCCCUAUAGGAAAGUAGCUAUUCUCUUAGGUGGCACAAUAAGACUUAGGCUCGGUAUCGAUGUACUUUUACAUUUUGAUGUCCCCAGAGGCCAAAAACACUAUUUGUUCAAUUUGUUAUAUAUGUGUGCGUGAACACAAUAACUUGAGUAAUUUGGGUCUGAUAUUGAUGAAAUUUGGCUUGGAGGUGUAGGGGAAUGAGUUCGGGAAUCAGCAAGAUCGGGUCUUUGGAACAGGGUAAUUUGGGGUUUUGUCUGACAUUUUCAAAGAUUUAAUAGAUUUUUUCAAAUUUUCACCUUUAAGGCGUUUUGUGUAAAUGCAAGGGUCUGGGGUAACAGUGUUUCCGAAGGCUAUAUUUCACAUAGAAUCAAAAUUAGGGCAUCGUUUUGAAGAGAAUUAAAUUAUCUAAAAUAUGAUGGCUGCAAAAUGUUUAUUAUUGUACCACAAAGACUGAAAAUCUUCUACUGAAUGUAGACGAAAAACGGCAAUUCUAAACUGCUUUAACUUAUUAUAGAAUUGUUACUUUAAAAUUCUAAAACCAGGAUCACAUAGAUUGUUCUUUGUUCUGUAAAACCCCACUCAUUGUUUUAUACUAGCAUGUAUGGGUAGUUUACAAAGGCAGUUGCCGUGAACGUCUGCAAGCGCUUCUCGGCGCUGUUCAAUGGCUCAACAUAGCUACUGAAGCCCGAGCUGAGGUAGAACGUACCCUUAACACUUCCCAAGCGGCGGCUGAUCCUACUCCCUACGCAAUCAUAGUUUGGUUGAGGUUAAAAAAUGUAUUUUGAAAUUUUGUUAAAGUUAAUUAUUUUUUAUUAAAAUAAUUUUUUACAAGUUUUAUGACCACAAUUGUUGUAAUAUAUACGUAAGACGCUCACUAAGGAAUGCAUUGAUCCGUAAUUAUAUGUCUAACGCUUGUAAUUUUUUUUAGAGUAACAUUUAUUUUUGAUAAACUGUAAAAAAGAAUGAAAUAAAAAA